ACCUUAGUACCUGCUGAGGGCUGUUUCGCCAUUGACAAACAAAAACCAAGUGACGUCUACCGUAUGAAACCUAGUCUUUCUCCGUCAUUUCUUGCCUAUUGUGACAUGGUAACCAAUGGUGGAGGAUGGACAAUCUUUCAGAGACGUCUCGAUGGCUCAGUUGAUUUCUACCGUGGCUGGCACGACUAUAAACAAGGGUUUGGAAACGAGAAUGGUGAAUACUGGUUAGGACUGGAUCGAAUCCACGCCAUGACAUCAAAAGGAAAUUUCCGACUUCGUAUUGAUCUGGAGGACUUCGAGGGAAACGCGCGAUACGCGGAGUACGACUCGUUUAGCGUGUCUGAUGAAGCUGAUAAGUAUCGACUUUCGAUUGGAAAAUAUUCAGGAACUGCUCGAGACUGUUUAACCAGUCACAAUAAAAUGGCUUUUUCUACAAAUGACCGUGACAACGACGUCUACAGUAAAUCCUGUGCAGUAAUGUACAAAGGCGCAUGGUGGUACUCAAGCUGUCACUCAAGCAACCUCAACGGCCUCUACUUGAGGGGUAAUACCUCACAAUAUGGCACCGGUGUCACGUGGUCUUGUUUUAAAGGCCUAUAUUAUUCGCUCAAGAUUUCCGAGAUGAAGAUAAGGCCAGAUUAGUGAUCUCGACAUCGCUUAAUGACAAUGCACCUGAUAUUUCAGAUUUAAUAUAGAAGUCUUGAAAGAGCACUAUUGUCAAAAUUUCCACGCAUGGCACUUCUUUGUAAGCGAACAACCAGAGCUAUCGAUCGUUUUCUUCGUAUGUAAACAUUACUUUGCACUCUAUAUCGUCUAUAUUAUACCAUAGGAAGUUAAUUCUAUUUCAGCUAUUUCCAAAAUGCAGUCAUUCCAUAGACUGUUUUGCAAUAUUGACA